AUGAGCUCGAGCUCGAAGUCGUUGGAACGUUUUCAUUCAAUCCGGUCAUGCUUACCGAAAAUAGCAUCUUAUGCAAUUCCCUGGCCAGGCCACCAUGGAUCUGGAACAACAGAUAGAGCAGGUGAAAAACAUUCGAAGAAGUUGAAUCGAUAUUUUUCAGCCCGGUUAUCCUUCCCAGAAGAUUUCUUUCCUGGCACAAUAAGUAAAUCUGGAAUAGCAGAUGGAGACAAUGUUUAUGAAGAACAGGAUGAUAUUUUUCAUUUAGCUUCAAACAUGUCUCUUGAUGAAAUCCGGGUUGAUGAGCCACCACAGAUUGUUUCAGUACAGCCCACUGAAAGUGCUAAUGUUUCAGUUCCAGAGCCAACAUUACCACGCAGUUCAAUCCCACAAGUUGGGGCUGAAUCAACCCCAAAUCUUAUGAAGUAUGUGUCAUUAUACCAAGCUGCACUCGCAGGUAAUUGGGACAAGGCUAAAAAAUUCAUCGAUUCAAAUCCAGAUGCACUAACUGCUAGAAUCACAAAAGGGUGUGAAACAGCCCUUCACAUUGCAGCUGGGGCCAAACAGACGGAGUUUGUGGCAGAGUUGGUAAAUUUGAUGGAAACAAAAGAUUUAGCAUUGAAAAACAAGUCCGAAAAGACGGCACUUUGUUUUGCUGCUGCAUCAGGAAUUACAAGGAUUGCAAAGAUGAUGGUGAGAAAGAACAAUGACUUGCCUAAAGUGAAAGCACUCCACACAGCUGCUUCGUUAGGUUACAGGGACAUGGUGCAGUUUCUCUACUCGGUCACUAAUACUGAAGACCUAGGAAAGGAAGACUAUAUCAGACUACUUUUUGCUACUAUCAACUCCGAAAUGUAUGAUGUAGCUUUGGACAUACUGCUGCCCCUACCAGAAUUAGCCAUUGAGCGGGAUUCAAAUGGCGAGACAAUCCUUCAUGUUUUAGCUCGAAAGCCCUCCGCAUUUUAUGGCACAAGUCAGCUAGGAAUCUGGCAGAGAUGUAUGCACUCAUGGAUCCACAUGCUAACACCUGAUGCAUCUGGCAACACCUCUAGCUUGUCCAAAUACCACAAUCGUAAAAACUCCCCAGCCCUAAGGUUGCUCGAGUGUUUUUGGAAACAAGUUCGGUUAUUGGAUGACUCGCGUAUGCAGGAGUUGCUUAAAAGGAUUUCAAAACCAUUAUUUGAUGCUGCAGAGUUCGGAAACAUUGAGUUUAUCACUGAGCUUAUUCGCUCCUAUCCUGAUCUAAUUUGGAAUGUAGAUGAGGAACACCAAAGCAUCUUUCAUAUUGCAGUUAUGCAUCGCCAAGAAAAUAUCUUCAAACUUAUUUAUGGCAUGGGAGCAUAUAAAGAUCUAAUUACUUAUUAUAGAGAUAAAAACAAUAAUAACAUUCUACACUUGGCUGGAAAGUUGGCUCCUUCAGAUAGACUUAAUUUUGUCUCCGGUGCUGCACUUCAGAUGCAACGAGAAUUAUUAUGGUUUAAGGAAGUGGAGAAGAAUGUCCAACCAUUAUACAGAGAGAUGAGAAACAAAGAAGGUCAAACACCCCGAAUGUUAUUUACUGAGGAGCAUAAGGAAUUGGUCAAAGAAGGAGAGAAGUGGAUGAAGGACACUGCCUCAUCAUGCAUGCUUGUCGCUACGCUUAUUACCACAGUGAUGUUUGCUGCAAUUUUCACAGUGCCAGGAGGGAACAGUAACGAAGGCACCCCCAUUUUUCUUAAAGCAAAGUCAUUCAUAAUUUUUGCCAUAUCGGAUGCAUCUGCCCUUUUCUCCUCAGUCACUUCUAUAUUGAUGUUUUUAUCCAUUCUCACCUCACGAUAUGCCGAAAAAGAUUUCCACAACUCCUUACCAAAGAGGUUGAUUAUUGGUCUUACAACCCUCUUCUUCUCUAUAGCAUCGAUGCUUAUUGCUUUUAGUGCAACCUUUUUUGUUCUACUUGGCAAUCAACUGGCAUGGAUUGUCAUCCCUGUGGCACUAACUACUGCUAUUCCAGUAACCUUAUUUGCAUUAUUGCAGUUCCCACUAUUGGCUGACAUGAUACAUUCUACUUAUGGAUCAGGAAUCUUUUCUUGGCAAAGUAAAGAUAUGAUUUAUUUGUUUGACAAGGGAUAUCAAACUUGUCAUAAAUACAACUUACCGGGGAAAAAAAGGAUAUUACCCUGA